CAGGAGAUGAAAUCAAACCUAGACAAUAUCGACUUCAAGAUGGCAGCUGAGGAAGAGAAGAAAUUACGACAUGAUGUGAUGGCUCAUGUGCACACGUUUGGCCACUGCUGUCCCAAAGCUGCUGGCAUUAUACAUCUUGGGGCCACCUCCUGCUAUGUUGGAGACAAUACAGACCUGAUUAUUCUUAGAAAUGCAUUUGACCUGCUUUUGCCAAAGCUUGCCAGAGUGAUCUCUCGGCUUGCUGACUUUGCUAAGGACCGAGCUGAUCUUCCCACCUUAGGUUUCACACAUUUCCAGCCUGCUCAGCUGACCACAGUUGGGAAACGUUGCUGUCUUUGGAUUCAAGAUCUUUGCAUGGAUCUUCAGAACUUGAAGCGUGUCCGAGAUGACCUGCGCUUCCGGGGAGUGAAAGGCACCACUGGCACCCAGGCCAGCUUCCUGCAGCUCUUCGAGGGAGAUGACCAGAAGGUAGAGCAGCUUGACAAGUUGGUGACAGAAAAGGCAGGAUUUAAGAGGGCUUUCAUCAUCACAGGGCAGACCUAUACACGAAAAGUGGAUAUUGAGGUGCUGUCUGUGCUGGCUAGCUUGGGGGCUUCGGUGCACAAGAUCUGCACUGACAUACGACUCCUGGCAAACCUCAAGGAGCUGGAGGAACCCUUUGAGAAACAACAGAUUGGCUCCAGUGCGAUGCCAUACAAGCGGAACCCAAUGCGCUCAGAGCGGUGCUGCAGCCUUGCCCGUCACCUCAUGACCCUGAUCAUGGACCCACUGCAGACGGCAUCUGUGCAAUGGUUUGAACGCACGCUGGAUGAUAGUGCCAAUCGACGUAUCUGUUUGGCCGAAGCAUUUCUCACUGCAGACACUAUAUUGAAUACAUUGCAGAACAUUUCUGAAGGACUGGUGGUGUACCCCAAAGUAAUUGAGCGGCGCAUUCGGCAAGAGCUGCCUUUCAUGGCCACAGAGAACAUCAUCAUGGCCAUGGUGAAAGCCGGGGGUAACCGCCAGGAUUGCCAUGAGAAAAUUAGAGUGCUCUCCCAGCAGGCAGCUGCUGUGGUCAAGCAGGAAGGAGGCGACAAUGACCUCAUAGAGCGAAUCCUCGCCGAUGCCUACUUCAGCCCCAUUCACUCCCAGUUGGACCGUUUACUGGAUCCUUCCUCUUUCACUGGGCGUGCAUCCCAACAGGUAAGCAUCGGAGCACUUCGGUGGAGCUGCAGUCUUCCCAAAUGCCAUCUUUUUAUACUGCUGGGCUGCAGAACCUGGAAAAUGGGAAUGUUUCCAAUCUGUGGGAGGUGUGAUGUGAAUGGGGCCAGUUAGAAUUCGAAGCAGGUU